CAUUUUUUUUAAGAACGUCGUUCAAUAGGAUCCUCACCACGGACUGCAUGAAUAUGCUGGAUGCGUCCGAUUUUCGGGCGCUGGCGGAGCCGACGUACCAGACCCUGAACGGACGUAUGUCCCCUCCAGGAUUCGCGACAGCUGUCCAGGCCAACAGCUACGCGACUUUGACACCCCUGCAGCCGCUGCCCCCCAUCUCAACCAUGUCCGAUAAAUUUUCCCACCACUAUGGACAUCAUCAUGCGGGUAAUGUUGGUGGUGGUUUCACUCUUAUGCAGAAUAACUUAGGAAUGGCGGGGCACAUGGCUAACAGUUAUCAUCAAUAUGAGAAAUUAGGCAGUAUGGCAACCAUGAACAUGAACCCUCAUCCCUCUGCCAUGUCUGCUAUGAUGACAGCAGCUAAUGGGUUAGGAAACCCACAACAGGGCGGCAUUGUGCCCUCGCCGCCUUAUUCUCAGAACGGUCUGCAUUCUCCAGAGAAGAAUAUGUCCCCCAAUGGUUACGAGUCAUAUGCACAUAGAGAUCUUACGAGGGGGUUGGUGAGCCCUCAGAGCCCUACGGUCAGCCCCACGUCCAUGAUGUCUACUCUCAACGGACUGACAGUGAAUGGGACACACAUGGGCCAUCAGUCGUCCGGCCAUCACCUCCAGUCAACGGGGUCCGUGAGGGACGUUAAACCCUCAGCAACGACCCUAACUGCUCCGACGCCCGUACCCCCCGUCAGUAGUUUGUCCGGUGCGGCUCCUACUCCGACACCUACUACACCCGGGGGCAUUCCCCUGACACAGCCAAGCGCCCCUAUUCAAGCCUCGGUGCCCAAUUCCAUGAACGGUUCCAUGGUGUCGAUGGUCAGUACAGUCAGCCAUCACGGGGGAGGUGGCAAACUCUCCAUGCAACAUCAGCAAAAGGUCAACUCGGCUGAGGAGGUGGAAGAGAUCAACACCAAGGAACUGGCUCAAAGGAUCAGCGCAGAGCUUAAGAGGUACAGCAUUCCACAAGCGAUCUUCGCGCAGAGAGUCCUCUGCAGAUCACAAGGGACGUUGUCCGAUCUCCUCCGAAACCCCAAACCCUGGAGCAAGCUCAAGUCCGGUAGGGAGACCUUCCGCCGGAUGUACAAGUGGCUGGAAGAGCCGGAGUUCCAAAGAAUGUCAGCACUCCGACUAGCAG